ACUGUUUCUGGCAUUUCCCGUUUCUCGUGGAGUAGCAGGAUAGACGAAACAUGCGAAAAGAUGUGGGUAAUAAAACAGAAAUAAAAUACAAAUAUUUGCCAGACUUACAUGCAAUCAUCUGCAAUGCCUUUACAUCAGUCAACAAGGAACACGUCUUUUUUACUUCUGAAUUCAGCUGUGAUUGGAGCUGUUGCACUGUUCUCUAUGCUACACCAAGGGGCUGCAUAUAGUGAGCCGUGACUGUCAAUAGUGUUUCAAUCUUUCGACAUAUACAUUUUGUCUAUUUAUAUAACUGUCUGUUGGUUCUUGUUAUCAUGCAACGGUAUGUCAGUGUCCUUUGUAGGUUUCAAUGUGUACAGCGUCUGUGGUCGACAUGGGUUGGCCUGUGGAAAUUUCUGGUCCUUGUAGAUAACACAGUCCCGCGACAUUGAAGAGUCUAAAAAGGUGAUCGUUCUCUCCUGUUCCUCCAUAUCUUGUAAACCACGAGAUGCCGAGGUCUGCUCUUGUGCUUCAUUCAUUUACAUUUUGUGAAGUCGUUUUUUCGUAAUGCUGGAGAGCUUUCCUCCCGUGCUCCUUCCUGUGUUUCUUUCCUUUGACGUCCACUUGCUUAUCAUUCUCCUCCUCGUUGUGUCUUUGCUCAUCAUGUCGCGUGUCCAUAGAAUGUUGAGGGAAUGUGAUCACACACGCAUUGCCACAUCGCCAUCAAGGUUUCUUCUCGAUCAUCUGUAUAUGCUCAUGCGUUCGUCUCGGUUGAUUGGUUCCAUCCAAUCACGAUCACAUAUGCUAAUAGUCUUUAGAGAUAUUAGGCUUUAAACCACCGGUGAAUAUAUGUUCAGCCCUGAUGCCGUUGUCCACAUAGAUGCUUUAUGAAGUAGUUUCCACGAUGGCACUGAAAAGCACGUUUCCAAAAUUUAAGGAUUCUUGGAAUGUUUUACCUUGUAAAUAUUCAGGUAAAAAAAUCAACUGUCUCAUACUUUGUCAACUGUCAUUAAUAUCAUAAUUAUCUGUCAACGUUAUCUUGACCAUGCACAUGCAAAGCACCAUUUGCUUUAAGAAGUGAUAUAGUGUUAACAAGUGGAUUGUCCAAAAAUAAAGAUCUCAUAAUCACAUAUCAUCAAUUACAGAGGUAAGGAUUUUCAUCAUUGUGUAGUUUUUAAAAUAACGCAGUUUACAGCUUGUUAAAACCGUGCCAGAAGUUUAUCUGUUACACACUGUGAUAAACAAUUUUCUAAAUAAAAUGCUUGCAAACUUAUGGAUACUCCACCAAGAAUAGUGGUUUGUUGUAGAAUAGACAAGGAUAAUUUUACAUACAUCCGUCAAAUGCGGACAUUUUGACUUAGACAUUUUUACUUUGCUUUGCAUUUUGCACGCUAAUGUGUGAUCGAUUCUUAUGAUGAAUUUAUCAAUACAGGACAUAAUCUCGCAUGAAAUAAUGAGAAACAUGUUGUAUUAGCUAAUAUUUGUUCAGUAGACCCAUUGUACUGCAUGCCGGAAUGCUCAGGCCAUCUAUAUUGGUCCCAGCAGCAGCUGCCAGAAUACAUGCAGAACCUGAAGGAACAGCUGAGGGAGGAGCUCAAGUCCACCACAGGCGACCGGCGGGCCAUCCUGGAGGCCGAGUUGCUCCGGCUGCAUGAAGACCGGCGCCGUGCCCUCACUGAUAAGGACAAGGACAGGGACGGUCGCUUGCGCAGGGAGCUGGACCGCCUUUCCUCCUCGAGCUACACGGGAUCGCUGACGCUCAAGCAGAGAAUGGAAAUACAGCGUCGUCUGGGCAUGACUUCUGGCACGAGCAAUUCCACUGGGUCAGCCAGUCCUCCCCGAGGAACCACCGCCGCAGGGGCACAGACGCCAAAUGUCCGACCCAAGAUUUUCUCUUCAAUAUCCCCUAUAAAGGAGGACAAGGACUUGGAGAAAGAACUGGAGAGAUCUCUUUACGGCGGGAGUCUCCGCGACACUGCCAUCAACUGCAUGGACGAUGAUGACCUUCUGGCAGCUCGCCUUUUAGGACUGAACAGAAACACUGGACGUCGGAGCUCCGAGAGCGGUUUAGCCACUGAGUACUGGGGACGAAGCUCCACCCCCGGCGCCACCAUGUACGACUCCGGCAUGGGAGGCUCGAUACGACAAAAACCCGGCAGAAAACCUCGCAAACCUCGCUCUUGGCAUCCAUCUCCUUACGCUUCUGACGACGACGACGACCUCUUGUCUCGCGAGGAGAAAAAGCAGAAAAUUAAAGCCGAGAUCGCGAGGCGAAGGCAGCAGAUCGAAGAAAACUCCCGGUUGCACGAAGAGCUGCUACGUCUCGCCAGGUUACGGGAAAGUGCCGAGUUAGGUUACUCCGACCCGAGAGCUUACGGGCCCUAUGACCAAAGUCCUCCGCAGUCCGCACGUGAUUCCACCACCAGUGUCUUACGCUCCAUUGACGAGAUCCUUCGGGACGCUCGUGAUCCUUCUUCUGGUUAUUAUAGUGGUUAUCCCCCCUUCAAGCCAGGAGGUUCUCCACCCAGCUGGUACGGCAGUUCUCCCGGCGUCAGAACCUCCCCUCGUCACUACUACGGCUCUCGAGGACCUUCGCCUUCACGUUAUCCCAUGACAGAGGAAGAUCGGUCCAUGGCACGACUGGCUUCGACUUUCCAGAACGAGGAGUUCACAGGGGCCCUCUACGACCGGCUCUCCGAUUUCUCACCCUUAACGGCCGACAUAAGUGAUAGCAUGAGUGACUUUACCCCAGCCAUGCCCUUGCUUCCGGACAUGCCAACCAGGUCCAGGAAGUUGCUCGAGGAUCUGGGGAGCUCACCUAUCACGAGUCAAGCACACAGAGGCAAGUACGAUGUGCAGAGACGGUAUCGGAAGUAAGUUUUCUUUUGUGUCGUGAUUCUGUUGGUCGCUGUCCCUCUUCGAAACCUUCUGUCACAUUCUCGAGCUGUCCCGUCUUCAGGAAAUACGAAGAAGAAGCCAGAGUCUCGUAAACAAAACGAUGUGAUACUAAUGGAGGGCUUGUCGACGUUAGUGCACUUAUCAUUAUGUAAAUUUAAGUACCACAAAUUAAUUCGGUUGUAUGUAAUAUGAUGGAAAUAUGGUUCAGUGUAAUCCUCUCCUAAAGUUAACAGAAUAUUACCCCAGUGGCAUGUUUCUCGCGAAUACAGAAAUAUACGCAAUAUAAAAUACGCCAUAUAUACGUACACACCUGUGAUCAGGAUGUGUAGAAGAGAAUGAUUGAGUUUAUUUGAGUAUAUGUGAAAGUCUAUAUGCGUUAAUGAAUUCAAAAAGUUUAUUUAUCAUCAUGAUCAAUAUCCUUAUUAUUAUAAUCAUAAUUGUUAUUGUUAUAUACGCAGUAUGCGAGUGUGUGCGUUUAACAUGUAUGUACUCGUACAUAUAAUCAUAAACGCAAAACACACACACACACACACACACACACACACACA